AUGAGACCACAAACCCCAGUCAGGGCAGUGCAAUCGAUACGCAGCUGUAUAUCGCAAACUUCACGCUACCGAAACCCUGCCAUACACACGCCACUGCAGUUACAACCCCCACGAAUCUCGCGAUGCAUAUCCACCACCACCUCAAAACAACAUAACCCAACAUCCCGCUCCACAGUCGACCCAACAGAAGUCUCCCACUUCAAUGCGCUCGCGUCAUCAUGGUGGGACCCCCACGGCCCCUCUCGACUCCUACAUCUCAUGAACCCUCUACGACAUGACUUCAUCACACGCUGCCGCUCCAUCACGCCCACACCCGCGACCCAGAAACUCCGCUACCUAGACAUUGGCUGCGGCGGCGGUAUCUUCGCUGAGUCUGCGGCGCGUCUUCCUACUACAACAUCCGUUACAGCCGUCGACCCCACACCGCAAGUCCUCUCCAUCGCCGAAGCGCAUAAAAGGCGCGACCCCACGCUGACGGCGCCGGGUAAACUCACAUACCUCAACACGUCGAUUGAAGAUCUUCCGCGCCCUGCUUCAGAUACCGAGGCUUUCGACGUUGUCACCUUGUUCGAAGUCAUCGAGCAUGUGAACGCUCCUGGACCCUUUCUGGAACACGUGUUGCCGCAUGUGAAGCCCGGGGGAUGGUUGAUAAUGAGUACAAUUGCGCGGACAUGGACGAGUUGGUUGGUUACUAAUGUUGUUGCGGAGGAUAUCCUGGGCAUUGUGCCGAAAGGGACGCAUGAGUGGAGCAAGUACGUUAAUGAGGAUGAGUUGAGGAAUUGGUUUGCGAAACAGCCUGGUUGGGGUACCGUGAGGACUAUGGGGAUUGUGUAUGUGCCUGGGUUUGGGUGGAAGGAGGUUGCUGGAGGUGAGCAGUGGGGGAAUUACUUUUUGGGUGUGAGGAGAGACGCGUGA